UCUAGCGUAGAACGGAAUCCGAGUGUCCGUGUUUACGGUUUCUUUAUUUGUUAUUAAACUAGUGUUAAUUUAUCGUUAAGUGUUACCCCGGACCGUUUCGGUUGUUCUCCCCCACCCCGUUCUCAUCCCGCAAAAUGUUUCUGUGUUAAAAAUGUGUUGUGUUUAUGUUUUUGGUACAAAAAUAACAUUUGGAUUUUUAGUAGAAACGAUAAAUACGUUCUCUAAAAAGUGGUCACCAUGAAGCAUCGAAUGUUGUGGAAUAAGCAGCGGAUAGGAACCAGUUCGAAGAGGGGGCUUAGGGAUAGGCCCUUGUCAACAUGAACGAGAAGGACUCGAACAAAGCCACCAGCGACGAGCCACAGCAGCAGAACAUCUAUGAGGGCGGUUUCGAUCACAAGUCUCCCAGACCCCCCGUGCCAGGAGAGGAGAGGAGCCACUUCAUGUCCGACUGGGGAGUCCCCUCGCAGAUGGACUGUACGAAACACAAGUCUUCCUCUCCCUCGCCUAGGAGGUUCUCUGCUUCUGCAAACGAAUCUAACCCAGCGCUAUUGGGAUAUGAACCGGAGGGCAGCUGUCGCCCCCUGCCAUCUGCUUCCCGGCCAUCUUCCCGCCCCUGCCCCGACAACCCCUCCCCCCCGUCUUGUCUGCGAUGGGCCCAGUCUCUGCAUUUCCUGCUGCAGGAUCCCGAAGGGACCCGUCUCUUCCAGCAGUACUUGAAGUCCGAGUGCCCCCACCACGCGGACCUCCUCGAUUUCUGGUUUGCCUGCGAGGGCCUGCGCAAGCAAUCGACCCCCGAAAUGAUACACCGGUUCGUCAAGAUCAUUUAUAUGACAUUUUUCGUGAGGUCCACUCUUCCCAUCGACGAGGAUUUGCGGAAAGAGGUGGGAAAGAACAUAAAGUCGUCUCAGUGCCUUGAGCCCCCUGUGACCUUGUUCGACCAGGCGCAGGCCAGGGUCGAGCAGCUCAUCGAUGAAACCACGUACCCCAACUUCCUUAAAAGCGAUUCGUACCUGCAAUAUUUAGAAAAUGUUCAAAAUCCUAGUAGUAGCAGCAGUAGCGAUUUUAGUAGUAAUGAAUUGUCGGGACCCCUGGCCAGCGGCUCCGACCUCCUGCCCACCCUUCAUGAGGACAUGGAGCUGAUCAUAAAUCCUCCGGUUCACAUCAGUCAUAAUUCCGGCACAGGCAGUGUGAGUACCGGCUACCACACGCCCAACGUGGGCGCGGGCGGGCCCGUCCGCCUCACCAAAGACAUGCUCCUCAUAUCGCAGAAACACCGAGCCGUCGACGUCAGGCCCAAAUCCGAAACUUUCGCCAGUAUGUUCAUGUACCGCGGCGGCACAUCCUUGGCAGCGCACGCCGCAUACAACUCGUACAACCCCGUAUCGAGGCAGGACAGCGAGUUGCAUUCGCUCAGCAGCCAUUCGGACGCACGCACCGAGUCGGACAACAUGUCCAUGACGGACAGCUCCAUCGACGGCAGAUCCCUGGGCAAAUCUUCCCGUCGAAAGGCGGUGCUGGAAGCAAGGAAGGCGAGGGAAUAUGCCGCCCUGAACCAGGAGACGCACAUGCACCAGAUCCUGAUACCGAGGACGCAACGCGUCGACACCCGGCAGUGCCAGCCGAUGGACAAGGAGGCUUUUGCCACCAUCCUGAUUGAGAAGUUGGAGAUGGUGAAGAGGGAGCAGGACCAGCAGGAGCUGUUGGACAGGAAAUUGAAAGAGAGCGAAUCCAUGGGCUCCAUGAGCGACAUCCAGUCCCGGGAGCUGGCGAACGCCAUCAGAGAGAAGCUGCAGCUGGAAGACGACAACGACCAAGACAUCCUCGACCAGCACGUGUCGAGGGUGUUCUCCGACCUGACGCCGGCCAUGUCGCCCGGUGUAAUGAGCCCGCGGCCCCAUUCCCCUCCAAGGAACAGACAUAUGCAGGGUUACAAUCUACGACCCAGGAGGAAAGACAAGGACGGCUUUUCGACGUUCAGUAGCGAUUCCGGUAACGUACACGACUUCGCGGAGGGUUCUGAGCACAAGAUAGCUAUGGUGAAGUCUAAGAGCAUGCCGGAGUACCCCGAGGACCGCUUUAUCAGGGGAAGUACGGGGCGACGGUCCAAGAAGGCGCUGACCGACCUCACCGACAGCGGCGUCUCCGUCGUGUCCGACACGCCGCCGGUCAUCCCGCCCGUGAAGGACAACCGGGUGCUCGCCUGGCUGAUGGAGUCGGACAAGAGCGGCAGGGGGGCCAGCCACACGCACAGCGAGAUGUCGCUGAAACACCGCAGUCAUCGGACCAGCAGCGCCACCUCGCCGAUCGCCGGCAGGCACCGCAAGGGGUUUGGGUCUAGGUCGGGCUCCCUGGAGAGGAACAGCGGGGCCGGCAACCUGGUGCCCGCGCAGCCCUUCGUCGCCGAUCCCAGCAUGCCGCCGCUGCCUUCGCCCAACAUCUCCAUCCAGUUGGAGGAGGCGAGGAGGAGGCUGGAGGACGACGUCAGGACCAGGGGAAAGCAAAGGUCAUCUGGUAGGUUUUAUCCGGAGGUCACCCAGAGCAGCCAGUCCACGCUGAGAAAGUCCAUGAGGGGCUCGAGGCCCUCUGCACCGGCCCAGAUGGCUACGGACGACGUCACCACCGUGGUGUUCUCCUUCUGCGAGGAACAGUUCCCGUACAGGACGAAGAUACCCGGUACUCAGAUCACCCUCAGGCAGUUCAAGGAGUACUUGCCGAAAAAGGGAAAUUACAGAUACUUUUUCAAGACGGUGUGCGAGGAACUCGGCAACCAAGUCAUCCAGGAGGAGAUCAUCAACGACGGGGACGUGCUCCCGCUGUGGGAGGGGAAGGUGAUGGCCCAGGUGAAGCCAAUCGACUGAGCUUUUACGUUUUCGCAACGUAUAACCUAAGAGAUAAACGGACGAAUCUUCACAAGCUUCUAUUUAAUAAUGUAAUUAUUAGAUUUGUUAAUUUUAUUCAAAGUAAUUUAUUUUUUAUUUGUUAAAACUGUGUGUAUCUUAUAAAAAAAAUGACGGAGCAUUACGGGAACGGAAGGAUACGGCGGUGGUAUUACAUCGUCAUUUUUCUAAGUGUCUUAAAAAUGACGGUUGAUAUCGAGAGGUCGUCGCUCGCUUCCAUUUCCGGAGGGAAAUAAAAAAAUUAUUUGUUCACACUGCCACGUACGGUUAAAUUUUAAUGUGUCGGUACUUCCUAAUUUUCGUGCACACGUAAGUAAUGGUCUAAUAAAUUGUAAUAGUGCUUUCUACUUAGCCUAACGGUAAGACGCCUAACUCAGACUUAAGAGCCACAUCGACGGAAUCGUCCCACGAGACAUGUAAAUAUUCGUGAAAUUACCGGCGAGGACAGCAAACGAUACAAGUCUUGAUAAUUCUUUCAAUUGACAAAUUUUUCAACCCCUAGGUAACUUUUUUUUGUACUUUUAUAUAAAAUGAAUGUGAAAGCUUCAUAUAAUUUUGCGUUAACAAAAUUAUCCAUGAAACUCUUUCCCAUUCGCUUAUAUUUACAUUUGUUGUCCCGUCGGUCCGUAAACUCAAAAAUCGUCUGACUGAGGAUACCGCAUAGCGUAUUUAGUUUUUUUAUCAAAGGAAAAGUUAGAGUUAAAAUUCUUAAAGGUAAUUUAUUUAUUGUUAUUUAAGGGAUAGCGUAAUGAUUAACAUUCGUGACGAGUGUUGGACUUUUUUUCUGAUUCGGAUAGAGAUCGCUAUGUUAAAGGAAAAAACACGGCAAUAAUAACCUGUAAAUCGUUUAAAAAAGUAGGUGCAUAUGUAAGUGCCUUCGAGUUUUGGAAUUUGUUUUUCUUCCACUGCAACUUUCUUCUUCGGCGGCCGAAAGACGGUGACAAAAAUAAUUUGAAAUCACAAUAAGACAAUUUCCAUUUACGCAGUUCUUAUACUGAGAAAUAAAAACGCGGAAACCAAAUUUUUUGUGGGAGUCAUCGUUUUGUGGGCCGCGCCACGUUUGUUUCCGUUUCUAGACAAUCAGAUGCUACGGUCGACGGUCGACCGCCCAGGCAGCUCUGUAAUAUUUUUUUAUUUUCAGAUUACUAGCGUAGAUGUUCAUAUACCUCAUUUUUCUUUAUAUUUUAUAAAAAAAGUAUAUAUUUUACAAAGAAAUAUACAUAAGCAUUUUGUGAAUAAUUUACUAUUUACUUAAUUUGUACAUUUUAAGCGUAGAACUGAUCGGUAGAGUUGUUUUUCUUUUGGAAAUUUAAAAAGAGCCUUUUUACACAGUCCUUCGACACUUCCACUUUACAACGAACUGAUUUCCGUAGCGACCCCUCGGUUUCGUUUCGCAUAACUGAAUACUGAAAGAUCCCCGUCCGUUAACGGACGGUCUUUUUUUUAUAAUUUCUCAUGAUCGUAUUAUAAAUACUGUGAACGUGUAGAUAAUGGUUUUCAAAUACUUAUUUUUAUAUAGUAUUUUUUCACAAAAUAGUAGCAGUAUUUUAGCGUUAAAAUGAAAUUGUUACAGAAAGGUGCCAUAAUUUCGUUUGAUUUCCAAAAAAGAAAUGGCCAGAAUUAAAGUUACUGCUGACAAAAUAUAAACCUUCAUUUGUAAAUAUUAAUUGUACACUAAAAAAACACUCAUUUGUCUCAUAUUGUUAUAAAUAUAUUAGUAUUUUCUA